GGCCCUAACGUGCUUAUAUAUAUGCACAUAUAUGCUGCAGAAAUAUUUACUAAUCAAACUCGAUCCAGUUAACGAGAAUUGUUUCUCUUUUCCAACCACGUACAGGCUUAAUCAACUACUGCUUCCAAGAUAUAUAUCAACGGCGAAAAUGCCUCUUUCACUCAAGAUCGAGAAAGAAUAUGUUCAAAACUCAGAAAGAGUAAAAUCUGUGGAUUUUCAUCCAACUGAGCCAUGGAUUCUUGCAAGUUUGUAUUCAGGCAGUCUUUGUAUCUGGAACUACCAGUCACAGACACUGGAGAAGUCUUUCAAGGUCACUGAGUCCCCAGUCAGGUCAGCAAAGUUCAUUGCACGCGAACACUGGGUGGUUGCUGGAGCAGAUGACAAGUUUAUUCGGGUAUACAAUUUCAACACACUGGAUAAGACCAAAGAAUUUGAGGCACACGAAGAUUUCAUCAGAUCUGUGGCCGUCCAUCCUACCCUUCCCUAUGUGCUGUCAGCGUCCGAUGACAAAGUUAUAAAGCUCUGGGACUGGGAGAAGGGUUGGGUCUGUACUCAGACUUUCGAGGGGCAUUCACACUAUGUAAUGCAAGUUGCAUUCAACCCAAAAGACACCCUUACUUUUUCAAGUGCAUCCCUUGAUGGAACCAUAAAGGUAUGGAAUCUGAGCUCUCCUGCUCCAAUCUUUACGUUGGAAGGCCAUUCGAAGGGUGUAAACUGCGUUGAUUACUUCACUGGCAACGAUGAAACAAAGCUUUUAACUGGUUCUGAUGAUUUUACUGCUAAGGUGUGGGAUUAUCAACGCAAAAGUUGCCUGCAAACCCUAGAAGGCCACCAGCACAAUGUUACAUUGAUAUGUGCUCAUCCAGAGUUUCCCGUAAUUAUUACUGGUUCAGAGGACGGAACUAUUUGCAUAUGGGAUGCCACCACCUAUAGGUAACUCGAUCUUCAUGAUUCAAAUUUUCCAUAUUCUGAUACCAUGCAGGAGACCAAUUGAAAUACAUGCAUGCAUU